GAUCGUUAGCUGCUUUUUUUGAAGAUCUUGAAAAGGAUCGUGAAAGGUCUGAUGCUAUAAAAACGUUAAUCUCAUUACUGUGUCAUAAUGAUGAGUUUAAAACUAAUACUACUUAUAAUUAUCAUUGAGACCGUCAUUGUGACAGUAUCAGCUCAAAUAAAUCUUGUACCACAGGGAAAAUCGGAACAAAGUACAGAUUAUCGAAACUUCUCUGCAAAACUUGCAAUAAUAAGACCUGCAAAUAAUGAAUGGGACGAUGGUUGUUCUGCCACAGAUACUGGACAAACAUACGCAUGGUGGGGCCUACAACUUCCAACAGUUGCCCAUAUGACACACAUUGUGAUUUAUUACCGAAAAGAAACUCCUGAGCGUAUGGAUGGGUUUCGUUUGUAUCUUGAGAAUGGUACUGCAGACCAACGUAGUGAUCUUGGUUUGUGCUACACAGACCAAGGAAAAGGAUAUCCUGAUGUUACUCAAAACAUUUCUUGUAAUAUGCUGGCCAAAAAUAUGUUUUUCGUUAACAACAGAAAUAAUGGUGACUGCUUCGUAGAACUGUGUUACGUAGAAAUCUAUGGAUGUUUGAAAGGUACAUGGGGAAGAAAUUGUACAGAAUUAUGUCCGCUGAAUUGUAUUAAUCAAAACUGUUAUCCUGAAACUGGUGUAUGCGUUUGGGGAUGUGAUGCACAUAACUGUUUAAAUGAUAAAUGUGAUAAUAAAACAGGUUCUUGUACGGAUGGGUGUGUUAUUGGACAAGUCGGCCAGUAUUGUGAUAUGCAAUGUGACAAUGGUUUUUAUGGUUUAAAUUGCACAGAACAAUGUGCAACAUGCUUUAAUAUGUCUUGUGAAAGAUUGGAUGGAAAUUGCACAUUUGGCUGUAUUGACAAAUACGAAGGAGUGAGGUGCGAAACCUUAGAAGAAUGUGACGAUGGUUUUUAUGGUUUAAAUUGCACAGAACGAUGUGCAACAUGCUUUAAUAUGUCUUGUGAACGAUUGGACGGAAAUUGCACAUAUGGCUGUACUGACAGAUACGAAGGAGAUAGAUGUGAAAUCUUAGUUAAUGGAGAGUUGAACACCAGAGACAACAAUUCCAGUGCAUCAAUAGUAGGAGGAAUAGGGACUGCUGUAGUUGUUAUCAUUGUUGUAUUUGCAAUACUUAUAAUUAUAUACAGGCGUAGAUCUAAACCAAGUAGGGAAAAGUAUAUAAGAAACCAAGACAAAAUAAACAGAAGCGACGAAAACAUGUAUUGUAAUCAUAACUUUACACUGAAGACGGAGGAUGUAUUUCUAAAUGUAGAUAGUGUACAAGAUUUGGCGAAGGAUAAACCUCCUUUGACUGGUAAACAAAAGGGUAAAACAAGCGUUAUUGAAGUAAUGGACGAAUAUCCAGAAGAGCAUGACGAAGAAGACGGAGGAAACAUCUAUAAUAAUAUACCUUCUGAACAAGCAAUUACUCAAUAUAAAAUACAUAUAGGAGAUCUGAAAAUGGUUAUCAACGAGAAAAGAAAGGAAGAUGGUUUCAAAAAGGAAUACGAGCUCUUACCUAAAGGACUUGUUUAUGCACAUGUCGAAGGUUCAAAAGAGGAAAACAAAGUUAAAAAUCGCUUUCUUACAACAUGGCCAUAUGACCACUCAAGGGUUGUGCUGACUAGAGAUAACAAACAUGAUUACAUAAACGCUAGUUACAUUGAUAGCUAUAACAAAGAAAAGGCAUACAUAGCAACACAAGGUCCAAAAAAGAACACUCUUAGAGAUUUCUGGCAAAUGGUCUGGCAGGAAAAUGUUUGCAAAAUAGUGAUGGUAACGAAACUAGUAGAGGGGAGAAGGAAAUGUGAACAAUACUGGCCUGAGUCUGUCGAUAGAGCAACCGUGGUAGACAACUUUAGACUUACAAUGACAAAGGAGAAGUGUUAUACCGUUUUUGUGUACAGAUCAAUUAUUGUUAAUAAUAAAAAGAACAAGCAAGAACGGAUAGUUCAUCAUUUUCAUUUCACUGAAUGGCCGGAUCAUGGCGUUCCAGAUAGCGUCAAACUGGUAUCAUUUUACAGAAAAGUAAAAGCCGAAAAAUGUGAUGUGAUUGGUCCAAUGCUGGUCCACUGCAGCGCUGGAGUUGGUAGGACAGGCACAUUCAUAGCUGUGGAUGCAAUUUAUAAAAAUAGCAGAAAAGUUGGGUUCGUUGAUAUUAUGGAGUAUGUUCUUAUGAUGAGGAAAGACCGCAUGAACAUGAUUCAAACACAUGAACAAUAUGAGAUAGUGUUUGAAGCACUGCUGGAGUUAUUAACAGUUCCAGAUACGUCAAUUCAAAAGGAUAAUUUCAGUGGAUAUUUACUAAAGCAAGAUAACAAGACUUUACCAAAAAAUCAAACAAUGUACAGUGAAGAGUUUCAGAGAUUGAGAACGCUGAGACCAUCAUAUUCUGCUGAUAAUUUUACUGCUGCAAAUUGUAAAAAAAACAAAACAAAGAACUCUUCAAUUGGUGUGCUUGCACAUGACAAUUAUAGGCCUUACUUAAUGUCUUAUGGUAGAACCAGAAGUGACUAUAUCAAUGCCGUUAUAAUUCCAGGCUAUUCAGUUGAUAGUAAAAUGUUUGUAACACAGUGUCCACUUGUGGAAACUGUAAUUGAUUUUUGGACGAUGAUGUAUGAUCACAGUUCCAGAAUAAUUGUUUUGUUAGAUCCCGAAAAUAAGGGUGCUCCAUUGUGGUUAGAAAAGAAAGAAAUGCUUCAGUUUGAUGAUUUCCGUAUAAUCAAAGAAAAGGAAAAUGCACAGGAAGAGCUUCAGCUAACUAUGCAUCAUACGAAACAUCAAGAAAAAAUCUCUAUGAAAGUGUUCACUGCUAACGACUGGAAUAUCAGUAAUGCACCACCUUCACCAGAGUAUAUGUUAGACUUACUGCAGCGUGUACAAACCUACUGGGAAACGCAGAAAGUUCCUAUUACUGUAGUUUGCAGUGAUGGUUGUAGUAAAAGCGGAUUAUUUGUGGCAUUGAAAUUGAUUUUGGAAAAAAUGCAGAUUGAUGACGAAAUCGAUAUUUUCCAAGUAGUAAGAGAACUGCAAAUGAGGCAACCAGAAUUCCUUGUGGAUUUUGAUCAGUACGAAUAUUGUUACAAGUGUAUCAGAGCGCUACUGGAUGGAGAUUCACUGUAUGCUAAUAUUUAGUCAACUUGAAAUAGUCUGUGAUUUUUAUAUAUUUAUUUGUAUCUAAUUGUGUUUAAAUUUUUGUAAUUGUGGACUCACUAUUGCGUCUGUAUUGUUAUGGGAUAUUAGAGAAAAGCAAAACUGUCCUACUUUUAAUUUGCUGUUACUUGCAAGAUACAGACAUUUUGCGCGGUCAAUAGUGAUCCCUCAAGAAGCGUUACAACUCAGCAAACAUUGGUAAAUUUACAGAAUAUUUUUUUGUUUGUUAAGAGGAUGUGUAUUUUCCUUUAGUUUUAAAAUAUGUUUGUACGUUAAUUGUAGUAUAAAAUAUGC